AUGGCCCCUGGAGGAGGGAUCCCAGUAGGCUUUCCAGCCCAUGGAUUGAGUGAAGCUGAGAGCCUUCCGGCAGGAGGCAGCCUUACGGAGGUGAAGCGGAGGCUGGACCUGGAGAGUGACCAUCAGUACCUGGCCGAGAGCAGUGGGCCCGGCCGGGGCCGGGGCCGCCACCCAGGAAAAGGUGUGAAAUCUCCGGGGGAGAAGUCCCGCUAUGAGACAUCAUUGAACCUGACCACCAAACGCUUUCUGGACCUGCUGAGCCGCUCCGCCGACGGGGUGGUGGACCUGAACUGGGCAGCUGAGGAGCUGAAGGUGCAGAAGCGACGCAUCUAUGACAUCACCAACGUCUUGGAGGGCAUCCAUCUCAUCUCCAAGAAGUCCAAGAACCACAUCCAGUGGCUGGGCGGCCAGACAAAGGAGGGGAUCAGUCAGCAACUAGAAGGACUGACCCGGGAGCUGCAGCACCUGCAGGAGCGAGAGCAGCAGCUGGACCACCUGAUCCAAGUUUGUGCCAAUCAGAUCCAGCAGACCUCCGUGGAAGCUGCCGGAGAGGAUCUAGCCUAUGUGACCUGCCAAGACCUACGCAGCAUUGCAGACCCCGCGGAGCAGAUGGUCAUGGUGAUCAAGGCCCCUCCUGAGACGCAGCUCCAAGUGGUGGACUCCGAGAAGACCUUUCAGAUCUACCUGAAGAGCAAGCAAGGCCCCAUCGACGUUUUCCUGUGCCCUGAGGAGAGUGAGGAGGAGGAACCCAACCCUGAAGAGACCCCACAGACCCCAGCCCCUGAGGUGGCUUCCCCCGAGGAAGAGGAAGAGCAGAUGGCCACCGAGGAGACCAGGGUGGCCGUCUUGGCCUCCCCCAUCCUCGAGCCGCCGUCGCCACUGCCCUCCCCUCCUGCUACCAUUCCUGACCACUCCCUGCUCAGCUUGGAGCAAGAGCCGCUGCUGUCCCCGAUGGACAUGGAUGGCCUGCAAGUCCCUCUGGAUGAGGACCACCUGCCCCUGCCCCUGUCCCCACUGUUGGCCGCCGACUCGCUCCUACAGCAGGAGCAGGAGGAGGAGCAGGAGGGCUUCUCUGGCCUCCUCCCCGAGGAGUUCAUCUAUUUGCCGCCGCCCAACGAGGCACUCGGGUACCACUUCGGCCUCGAUGGCGAGGGCGUCAGAGAACUCUUCGACUGUGACUUUGGGGACCUGACCCCCAUGGAUUUCUGAAGGGGCAUGGGGGCCAGGGCCUCCCAAGGUGCCCACUUAGUCUCUGCAGCGCUGGAACCCCCUGCCCAUGACCAUCCUUCAGCCCAAUCUGAGACAUUUAAUUUAUAUCCAGCUGUCCCUAUCUCUGGAGCCUGAGGGCGUGGUGCAGAGGUUAAGGCACUGCCCCACAACCAGCUCCUCUGGGGGAAGAUGUGGCCGCCUGCUUCCAUAAAGACUUCUAGUCUUAGGAGCCCUGUAGGGACAGUUCUACUCUGUCCUGCCUGGCACCACUGCAGAGCGCUUGCCUUGUUUAGUGCUGACUUCUUGGUUUCCCUGAUCUAGAAACUUCUAGCCCUGGAAGCUGGCUACUGCCAGCAGGCUGAGCAAGCCAGGGGGGCACAGAUUCAGUGUUUGUAGUGUGUCUGUAUGUGAACCCGAUACGUGUUUGUAUGUAUGUGUCUGUGUGUAGUGUGUGCCUCUGGUAGAAGUGCCAGGUAAGCACGUUUAUGUGAGCGAGUGUGCGGAUGGUACCGGGCUAUGAAGGUGAACACGUGGGUACGUGCACCCAGAACACGGCCCAGUGUGUCCACGUGUGUGUUCACGAGUUCUUGUGUGCGCAUGGUGGGGGCUCGAACUGCACUUUUGGUCUCCUUGCUCCAGGCCCCCCCGCCCUUCCCCCCAAGGCCCAGGGUGGCCACUUGCUCCCAGAAGCCUGCGAGCCCCCAGGCCAGGCAGGGAUGCCUCACUGGCUUGGUUUGCAGGACCGCAAGAGCACUUCUUAAAGUCGUCUUAAGGUUUUUCUGACUCAGAGCUUUAAUGGAGCAUUAUUUAUUUAUCGGGGCCUUUUUGGCAAGCCUAGGGCACCAGCAAAGGGUAGGAAGGGUGUGGGGCCAGGGUCCCAACUUCUGUAAGCCUGAGCUGACAGGGGUCCCUGAGCUGUUCUUUUUCCCCACCCCGAAGGAGCUGAGGCCUGCUUAUUUAUUGGGAAAGCGAGGGAGGGAGACAGACUGACUUGACUGACAGCCAUGGGUGGGUGGAGGGGUGUCCCCCCACCCCCAGGCGAUCUCGGCAGGGCACAGCGGCCCCCUAGGAUGGAGAUGGGAGAGGUGAGUGGGGACCUGUGACAGGGUGGGCGGAGGGUCCCUCCCCAGCCCAGCUGCAGGGCCCCCUUCUGUGGCGUUGGAAGUGUCCCUUCCCUGCUCCAGGCUGCGUCACUGACCCCCCCACCCCCAUCUGCACUUUGAUUUGCCUGCCUAAUUGCCCUUCUCCCUCCUGCUUUGGUUUAAAUAAAUACAUAUUUUGAUGGUG